AUGCCACUUCCACCCGCAAUUGAUAAGUUAUUGAAAGACGUCGAGAAAAAAUUGCAUGAGGAGAAUGCUGUCACGAAAGUAUUGGAACAAAUUGAAAGAAAAACAAAAAUCAAGCGAUCACAUCUUGUUCUUGGUUUUGUUGGUAUCCAUGCACUUUACCUAAUAUUUGGGUGUUUCGCUGAACUUUUAUGUAAUCUCAUAGGCUUUAUAUAUCCCGCUUAUAUUUCCAUCAAGGCAAUAGAGACAUCGCAAAAAAAUGACGAUACUCAGUGGCUAACGUAUUGGGUGAUUUUUGCUUUAUUAAGUAUCGUGGAAUUUUUCUCUGAUGCGUUUGUGAAAUAUUUCCCGUUCUAUUGGCUCGCUAAGUGCAUUUUCUUGUUGUAUUUAUACUCACCGAUGACCAUGGGUGCGCAGAAAAUAUACAGUCGUUUCUUACAACCAUUCAUACAGAAACAUAAGACGACUAUUGAAAAACAGCUGGGUCUAUCAGCAGAAAAAAUAAGUAGUAAAUUUGAAGGUACUGUUUUUUAUAUUGCUUAG